AUGGCUACACGAAAUUCCAUCUUGGAUGAGCUAAAGCAUAACUUGUCUGUUGCUCAAGGGCAGAUGAAGGAAACAGUUGACCUACGCCGUCAGGAUAUUAAUUUUCAACCUGGAGACCAUGUGUAUUUGAAGCUCCAACCAUAUCGUUUCAAGUCAUUGGCCAAAAAGCUGAAUGAAAAGCUGAGUCCUUGGUUUUAUGGCCCUUUUCCCAUACUGGAGAAGAUUCGGCAGGUUGCUUACAGGUUGGAGCUACCCUCUACGGCAAAAAUUCAUCCAAUCUUUCACAUCUCUCAGCUUAAACGAAGUCUGCACACCUUUGUACCCAUCCAGCCACUUCCAACUUUCCUCACCGAGGACAUGGAACUUCUUGUUCAACCAGAAUCGGUGUUGGCAGUCCACACUUUAUUGGAUGGCUCUCGAGAAGGAGUCCCAUCAAAUAGGAACUUUGGGGUAUCUUUUCUUGAUGUUCGCAGAAACUUGCUUCAAGGAAAUAUACCUCCAUUAUUUGGGUUUUGGAGUGAUCUGACAAUGCUUGAUUUUUCAGAAAAUAGGCUAUCUGGCUCUAUACCUUAUGAACUUGGAAAGCUUGAGAAUCUUCAGAUCUUGAGACUGUCUAGCAAUAGACUAACAGGAAACAUUUCCGCUUAG